AUGUUACCACCAAUGUUUCAAGCGAUAUUACCAGCUGUGUUCCUAGCGAUCACCGAUGCUACCACCGAUGUUACCACAGAUCUUACCAGCGAUGUAACCAGCGGUGUUACUAGCGAUGUUACCAGUGAUGUUUCCACCGAUUUUACCACCGAUGCUUCGACAGAUGUAAGCACAGAAGAUACUAGCGAUGGUACCACCUAUGUUACCACAUACGUUUCCACCGAUGUUACCACCGCUAUGACUACCAAUGUUACAACCGAUGUUACAAGCGGUGUUAUCCCAGAUAUUACCAGCGAAGUUACCAGCGAUGUUACCACCGAUGUUAUCCCAGAAAUUACCAGCGAAGUUACCAGCGAUGUUACCACCGAUUUUUCCACCGAUGUGACCAACAAUGUUUCCACCGAUAUUACCACCGAUGUUUCCACCAAUAUUAAAAGCGAUGUUUCAAGCGGUGAUACCAGCGGUGUUACCAACGAUGUUACCGGCGGUGUUUCCACCGAUGUUACCACGGAUGUUACCACCGAUGCUUCCACCGAUGUUACCACCGAUAUUACCAGCUGUGUUAUCAGCGAUGUUACCAGCGAUUUCUCCACCGAUUUUAGCUCCGAUCUUACCACCUAUCGAUGUUACCAGCGAUGCUACCACAAAUGUUACAACCGAUGUCACCAGCGGUGUUUCACUGAUGUUACCACCGUUGUUAGAACAAAUGCUACUACCUAUGUUACCACAGAUCUUACCAGCGAUGUUACCAGCGGUUACCACCUAGGUUACCAUCGAAGUUUCCAUCGAUGUUACAUCGAUGUUACCAACGAUUUUUCCACCGAUGUGACCACCAAUGUUUCCACCGAUAUUACCACCGAUGUUACCACCAAUAUUAAAAGCGAUGUUACAAGCGGUGAUACCAGCGGUGUUACCAGCGAUGUUACCGGCGGUGUUUUCACCGAUGUACCACAGAUCAUACAACUUAUGUUUCCACCGAUGUUACACCGAUGUAUCACCGCAAUGACCACCGAUGUUACCACCGAUGUUACCACCGAUUUUGCCACCAAUGUGGCCACCGAUUUUUACACCGAUAUGACCAUCGAUGUUUAA